GAACUGUUUACGUUAAACUGAUAGUUUGAAAAGUUAUUCAGACAGCGAGUGUCAUUCGCUUGCAAAGUGUUUUUAUUUAAUUGAUUAGAUUUUUUUUUAUGAUGGUGCGAUAUGCAGCUCUUAAAGGAUUAUACGAGUUGGAAAAGACAAUUGGUAGCGGGGGUUUUGCAAAAGUUAAACUUGGUAUUCAUGUUGCAACUGGAGAAAAAGUUGCUAUCAAAAUCAUGGAUAAGACAGCCUUGGGCGAUGAUUUGCCAAGGGUAAAAUUAGAAGUAGAGGCGCUCAAAACUUUAUUACACCAACACAUAUGUAAAUUGUAUCAAGUUAUAGAAACAGAUACUUAUUAUUUUAUGGUAAUAGAAUAUUGUUCAGGAGGAGAAUUGUUUGAUCACAUAGUUGAAAGAAACAGAUUGACUGAGUCAGAAUCUCGCAAAUUUUUUCGUCAAAUUGUUUCUGCAGUAGCAUAUUUGCAUAGUCUCGGAUAUGCUCAUCGUGAUCUUAAGCCUGAAAAUGUUUUAUUAGAUAAAGAUGAAAAUUUGAAACUCAUUGAUUUUGGUUUAUGCGCAAAACCAAAAAGUGGAAUGCAAUCACAUUUGUAUACUUCUUGUGGUUCUCCAACUUAUGCAGCACCGGAAUUGAUAUUAGGCAAAAAAUACUUAGGUUCAGAAGUAGACAUUUGGAGCAUGGGAGUCAUUCUUUAUGCUUUACUCUGUGGUUUCCUUCCAUUUGAUGACAAUAGUAUAGAGAAUUUAUACAAAAAAAUUUUGAAUGGGAAAUAUGACGAGCCAGGUUGGUUAUCUAUUAGCAGCAAGAGAUUAAUUCGUGCAAUGUUACAAAGAGAUCCAAAAAAGAGGAUAACAAUUCAAGAAUUGUGCAAUCACCCAUGGAUAACAUCAGGUUUCCUUAAUCCAAUAUCAUUUGUUCAUAAAACUAAUUUUGAGAAAGAUGACGAUGUAUUAAGUACUAUGUCGGCAAUUUGUGGAGAACAUAGUUCAGAUAUAUGGAACAUAUUAGCUAAAAGUGAUAGAACUGAUUAUAGAACAGCCACAUAUUUAUUACUACUUGAUAGAAAAUUACGUGGGCUUUCUUUAAAAAUAUCAUCCUCUGCGAAGUCUUAUUUCAGGCAGGGCUUGACAGGAGUCGAUUUACCACAGCAUGAAGAUGGAAUUCAUAAUUUUAUUACAAAUUUGGAACACUCUCCUAGAAAUAAUAAAAUAAUUAGAAAAUCACCCGUCACCAAUGACUUUUCAACUAAUAAAUACAAAACUCCUAUUACUGAUAAAACUGUAAAACAAUUUACAGAACCGCAAAUUGCUUGUAGAAAAAGAUUAAGAAGUAAAGAAUCAGAUGAGUGUUCUUCCCCUGUACCAGCAAAGAAGUGUACUGAAAAAAAUAAACUUGUAUCAACACCUACCAAUAACGUACCAUUGGAAUCUAGAGAUGCACAAUCCUCGACGCCUGGAAGUGCAAGAAAAGUUAUAAUGGGUUUGGAGAGAGGGUUGCAUCGUGUUAGGUGCGUUCUUACCCCAAAACGGCGAAUCAAAAAUGAGAAUGUAGAUCCCGAUCAGCCUACUGUACUUUCUGGAAAAGGUUUGUGCAAUGUAUCAUCAACGUCAAGUGAUUGUCCGAAAUACGUUUUAUCGCAAUUACGACGAGCUUUGCGACGUAAAGGAAUUAUGUGUCAUCAAAAAGGUUUCAUUCUACAAGGAGAAACAGACGAUUGUACGGAAGACGUUAAUAAUACGAAACCAUUUUUAUCUAGAAAUGCAUGUUCAUUCGAAUUAGAAGUAUGUUUAUUGGAAGGUAUUUCCGAUGAUAAAUUAUUAGUCGGUAUACGAAGAAAAAGAUUGAAGGGUGAUGCAUGGGUUUAUAAACGAGUAUGCGAAGAGGUAUUAGCUUUGGCAGCUGAAGAUAUAUCUAAUGAACAAAAGGAUGGUUCUUCGGAAUCAAAGUGUCCUAUUUAGAAGAUUAUAAAUAUUUUCAAAUGGAUACAGAUAAUUUUUACGAUCUUAAGUACUACACGGUCCAAGAUUUGAAGUAUUUUGAUCUCAGUCAGUGUGUAUCGCGAUCGCAUAUACAUAUAUAUAUAUAUAUACAUGUUUGAUUUAAAAAAAAAAAAAAAAAAAAAAAAAAAAAAAGAAAAAAAAAGAAAAAAAAAAGAAAAAAAAAUGAAAGAAAAGGAAAAGAAAAACAAUUUGUACA